CGACGCCGGCUGCGACGGGGCGCGCAGCUCGGCGGGGCGGCGGCGGACGCGGCCAUGGCGCACAUCACCAUCAACCAGUACCUUCAGCAGGUCUAUGAAGCCAUUGACACCAGAGACGGGGCGUCCUGCGCAGAGCUGGUGUCUUUCAAGCAUCCUCACGUUGCCAACCCGCGGCUGCAGUUGGCCUCCCCAGAAGAGAAGUGUCAGCAGGUCUUGGAACCCCCUUAUGACGAAAUGUUUGCAGCUCAUUUAAGGUGCACAUACGCAGUGAGCAACCACGACUUCAUUGAGGCGUACAAAUGCCAGACCGUAAUCGUCCAAUCAUUCCUACGGGCCUUUCAGGCCCACAAAGAAGAGAACUGGGCCCUGCCGGUCAUGUAUGCCGUGGCGCUUGACCUCCGGGUGUUUGCCAAUAAUGCAGACCAGCAAUUGGUGAAGAAGGGGAGAAGCAAGGUGGGGGACAUGCUGGAGAAAGCGGCCGAGCUGCUGAUGAGCUGCUUCCGCGUCUGCGCCAGCGACACUCGUGCUGGCAUAGAGGAUUCAAAGAAGUGGGGGAUGCUGUUUCUGGUGAACCAGUUAUUCAAGAUUUAUUUCAAGAUCAACAAGCUCCACUUGUGCAAGCCCCUGAUCCGGGCCAUCGACAGCUCGAACCUGAAGGAUGGCUACAGCACCGCCCAGAGGGUGACCUACAGGUACUACGUCGGCCGGAAGGCCAUGUUCGACAGCGACUUUAAGCAAGCCGAGGAGUACCUGUCCUUUGCCUUCGAGCACUGCCACCGUUUGAGCCAGAGGAACAAGCGCAUGGUCCUGAUAUACCUGCUCCCCGUGAAGAUGCUGUUGGGUCACAUGCCAACCAUUGAGCUUUUGAAAAAGUAUCACCUCAUGCAGUUUGCUGAAGUGACCAAAGCUGUGAGCGAAGGCAACCUGCUCCUCCUGAACGAGGCUCUGGCCAAGCACGAGACCUUCUUCAUUCGCUGCGGCAUCUUCCUCAUCCUUGAAAAGCUGAAGAUUAUCACCUACAGGAACCUCUUUAAGAAAGUGUGCCUGUUACUCAGAACACACCAGUUGUCUCUGGAUGCCUUCCUGGUGGCCUUGAAGUUCAUGCAGGUGGAGGACGUGGACAUCGACGAGGUGCAGUGCAUCCUGGCCAACCUCAUCUACAUGGUGCGGCCACAUCAAAGGCUACAUAUCACAUCAGCACCAGAAGCUGGUUGUCAGCAAGCAGAACCCCUUUCCUCCGCUGUCGACAGUGUGCUGACGUGCGGCAGCCCCAGGGGCGGGAAGGUGGCGUGCAGGGAACCAGCCGGAGUCGCCGGGUUCUCCCCGGGUGCUGAGACCAAGUUUGCCGGCACGCGGGGACCUUGACGUCUCCAUCGUCGCAGGACGCACGCCCGCUUCUCAGGGACCUGGGAUCCGGCUUUCAGGGAACGCAGGCACGUCUGCUGGCUCCGGAGUGUGGGCGGAGCCCCUGCGUGGGGCGCUCUGUCUGCAGGGUGGCUGCAGUUUCCUGCCCUGAGUGUUGUUCCUAAGGCGUCUUUGUGGCUCUUCCUAUGAAAGGGGCGUUCUGAAUUUAUACAGAUGGUGUGCUCCUUAUUGUAUCUUCUGGGAUACAGCUAUUUUUAUAAAUGUUAAAUUUGAA